CCUCCUCGUCCCCCUUUCUCGCUUCUGGUUCCACUCAUCUGGUCGAGUUGGGGGGCUGCGAGCGAGUGGAUGGUCGGAGGUCGCCGCGGUGAUCAUGGAAGGAAUGCUUUAUAAGUGGACCAAUUAUCUAAGUGGAUGGCAGCCACGCUGGUUUGUUCUUGCUGGUGGAGUUUUAUCCUACUACGAUUCACAAGAAGACACUUGGAAAGGUUGUAAAGGCAGCAUUAAGAUGGCAGUAUGUGAAAUACAAGUGCAUGCAGGUGACAGUACAAGAGUGGAGCUGAUCAUACCAGGGGAACAGCACUUUUACCUGAAGGCUGUGAGUGUUGCUGAGAGACAGAGAUGGUUAGUUGCCUUGGGAUCCUCGAAGGCUUGCCUGACAGAUAGCAGGACCAGGAAAGAGAAAGAAAUCAACGAAAACACUGAAUGCCUGAAAAAGAAAGUAUCUGAACUGAGGUUGUAUUGUGAUCUUCUUCUUCAGCAAGUAAAUAGCUUAAAAGAGGACAGACAAUCUGAUCAGUCCACAUCAACUAACCUAGAGAUUGACAUGGCGGCAGUUUUAAGAUCUACUUGCAAUACCUUCACGAAGACGUUGGAAGAAUGCAUGCAAAUUGCAAAUGCUUCGUUCAGGCCCGAACUAUUGCAGCCUACACCACCAGGUUCCCCACACGUGGCUAUCAUCAAACCAAACAGAAUUAAACAGCGUCCACCUAGCUACAGUUGGAGAGAAAGGAAUGAACUGAAAAAUUGUCAGAAUGGAUUAGUGAUAAAAGAGAACAAGGCAAAGUCUCGGAGAAGGUCACAGUCAGAAGAUGACUGUCAGCAUCAAGGAACUUUGAGAGGAAGUGUUGAAAAUGUGGAGGUGAUGACGGAUAACUCUGAAUUACCAGUUGCAGCCGCAGAGGACUCUGGUGCGAAUAUUGAACUUCAGCCUUCUGCAUCUGCUGAAGGAACAGGAAAGGACAGUGAAGAACCAGGUGGGACGAAUUCUGCACCUGAUGAAGAACAGGAGUCAAUACAGACAUUCUUCAGUGCAAUGGAUCAGCGAUUUAACGAUAUUGAACUUGAAGAAGACAAUGGAAUUCCUACUUUGCCGUUUCUGGAAUCUUGCUAUGCCAUAGUUCCCGUUUUAGAUAAACUGGGUCCAACAGUCUUUGCUCCAGUUAAAUUAGACUUUGUGGGUAAUAUUAAGAAAAUAAACCAGAAGUACAUCACGGAUACCAUGAAGUUCACGACUCUGCAGAAGAUAGUGCUGCACGAACUGGAGACAGAGGUAGCGACGGUGAGGAACUCUGCCACGGAGGCCCUCCUUUGGUUGAAGAGAGGAUUGAAAUUUCUGAAGGGAUUCCUGGAAGAAGUGAAUAACGGUGAAAAGGAUAUCCAGAAAGCAUUAAAUACCUCCUAUGGUAGAACCCUGCGGCAAUACCACGGCUGGGUUGUUCGAGGUGUCUUCGCAUUGGCACUGCGAGCUGCUCCGUUGUAUGAAGCGUUUAUGGCAGCCCUCGCAAUAAAUGAAGGCGAUGAACAGAAGGAAGCAUUCUGUGAAGGGAUGCAGAGGGAUUUAAACCAGUAUCUUCCAGCCAUGGGAAAGCAAAUAGAGAUCCUGGACGCUUUGUAUGAAGAAUAUAAUUUGGAAUCUGAUGAAGUGGUGUAACAAUGAAUCAACAGUGUUGACAGGAAAAAGAAAUCUGCGAGACUCUAACACCACAAAUUACAUGUGCAGAGAACAUUGGUUUGUAUUUCAGCCCAUCGAACUGUAUUCUAUCGAUUUACAACAACGUGAAGGCGUGCACUGCACAAACAGGGACAUCCUUACACGUGCAGUACUAUUUAAUUCAAAACACUUGUAAGAAGAUCGUGGCAUAUUUACAGGAUAGUCUGAGUUCAAACAUAUCCUUGUGUAUCAAAGUAAUAACUCCUGAAGUAGUUCUUAAAUGUUUAAAAAAAAGAGAAAGCCAAGGGAUUUGAAACACUAAUCACUGUUUAUAAUUAUUCCAUUAAGUUAAUAUUGAAAAUAAUUGCGUUAUAUUCUCUUUUGUGUAAAUUUAUGCACACUCAGCAUGUGCAAAGAUGACUCGGCUAUUUAAAAAAAAAAGCAAUUGGCACAAAAUCAUUUGCCAUUUUUAAAAAUUGAGAUGUGUGGAUAUUUAUAAGCGGUUGGCUAGCUGAAGUCAACCUGAGCUUUCUGAUAGAGAGUGAAUUUAAUAUGGUUUAUACUGAGUUAAAUCUACUCCAUUACAUUUUCACAGCUGUAAUGCAAAUUAUUUAAGUCUGACUUACGGAGUGGUCCACAGUAAUUUAUUUAGGAUUGGGGAAACAAAGACUUUGAGAAUGUUACGUCAGAACACCUGUGAUGUUUAUAGUGCGUUAAACAGGAUUUGCUUUGAGCCUAGUUACUACAUACUAAUCCAUGCACUAUUAAUAAUGUUUUCCUGUGUUAGUUAUUCCAGUUCAAGUGCCCCCAAGAAUGUUUCUGCAAUGAAGUGAACUUAGCUGAAAACUGUGUGGCAUGUCAUGAAAUAAAGGGAUCAAGUUAAACAGUCAAUGAAACAGAUCAGCUUUUACCAAACACUAAUUUGGGGCAGUGGGUUAAUGAUGUUGGUUCCAAACCAUAUUCUGAGGGAGAUCUGGUUGUAAAGGGAUAUCGUAAGAAAUGCUGGUGUGAACACUUUAAAAUAAUUGCUCGAUGUGAAGAAGUUGUCAGAGCUAUUUAUGGCUAAUGUGCUCUUGCACCCAAGUUACCAACUGGAUGACUGAGCUUAAUCUAACUCCAUCUAGUUUUAGAUAUGAUGCGGUAAAUAGACAUUGUGCAAUUAUUGCCACUAGAGUUUAUUUAACUGAGAAAUGCACUAUCUGUACAUAUAUAGAUAUAUUUUAUACUUAUUUAAUAAAACAUUGCACUUU